GUCCCCACUGAAUCUUCAGUCUUCUCUUUACGCCUUUGGGAGCUGCCAAUUGAAGUGGUAUUUAUAACACAGAUUAUUCCUGAACAAAAUAACAGAACCUCACAAACCUUUUCUUUCUGUUCCUUCGUGGAUCCCUACUUGCUACGCCAUCGCCAGAUUUUCUUCUUGGCUGGCGGAUCAAAUUUUAGUUAGCAAAAAUGAGCGUGGUGGGUUUUGAUUUUGGCAAUGAGAGCUGCAUCGUUGCAGUUGCAAGGCAGAGGGGAAUUGAUGUUGUACUUAAUGAUGAGUCGAAGCGUGAAACACCUGCCAUUGUGUGCUUUGGUGACAAGCAACGCUUUAUUGGGACUGCUGGGGCUGCAUCAACUAUGAUGAACCCCAAGAAUUCUGUCUCACAGAUGAAGAGACUCAUUGGCAAAAAAUUCUCUGAUCCUGAAUUGCAGCGGGAUAUCAAGUCUUUGCCUUUUAAUGUCACAGAAGGCCCUGAUGGAUUCCCAUUAAUUCAUGCACGCUACAUGGGUGAAGUUAAAACAUUUACACCUACUCAAGUAUUUGGAAUGAUGCUGUCAAAUCUUAAGGAAAUAGCCCAGAAAAAUCUCAAUGCUGCUGUUGUUGAUUGUUGCAUUGGAAUCCCGGUUUAUUUUACUGAUAUUCAGAGGAGGGCUGUCUUGGAUGCAGCCACUAUUGCUGGUCUGCAUCCGCUUCGCCUGUUCCAUGAAACAACUGCAACUGCCUUGGCUUAUGGGAUUUACAAGACCGAUCUUCCUGAGAAUGAUCAGCUGAAUGUUGCUUUUGUCGACAUUGGACAUGCUAGCAUGCAAGUGUGCAUUGCUGGCUUCAAAAAGGGACAGCUGAAAGUAUUGGCUCACUCCUAUGACAGGUCUCUGGGUGGUAGGGAUUUUGAUGAGGUUCUGUUCCAUCACUUUGCCGAAAAAUUUAAGACGGAGUACAAAAUUGAUGUUUUCCAGAAUGCCCGGGCUUGUUUGAGGCUUAGGGCUGCUUGUGAGAAGCUGAAGAAGGUGCUUAGUGCAAAUCCCGAGGCACCUCUGAAUAUUGAAUGCUUAAUGGAUGAGAAGGAUGUCAGAGGCUUCAUCAAGCGCGAUGAGUUUGAGCAACUAAGUCUCCCAAUUUUGGAACGUGUGAAGGGACCUUUGGAGAAGGCACUAGCUGAAGCAGCUCUUACAAUUGAAAAUGUUCACAUGGUUGAGGUGGUUGGUUCAGGAUCUCGUGUACCAGCUAUAAAUAAAAUAUUGACAGAUUUCUUCAAAAAGGAGCCUAGACGAACAAUGAAUGCUAGUGAGUGUGUUGCUAAGGGUUGUGCCUUGCAAUGUGCAAUUCUUAGUCCAACUUUUAAAGUACGAGAGUUUCAGGUCAAUGAAAGUUUUCCUUUUGCAAUUUCCCUUUCAUGGAAAGGUUCUGGACCAGAUGCACAGGGAAAUAUUGGAUCAGAUAAUCAGCAAAGUAGCCUUGUUUUCCCCAAGGGCAAUCCCAUUCCAAGUAUUAAGGCAUUGACAUUCUACAGGCCAGGAACAUUCUCUAUUGAUGUACAAUAUAGUGAUGUGAGUGAACUGCAAACACCUGCCAAGAUCAGUACAUAUACUAUUGGUCCGUUCCAAACUACAAAAACUGAAAGAGCAAAAGUUAAAGUGAGAGUUCGUUUGAAUUUGCAUGGAAUCGUAUCUAUUGAUUCAGCAACUCUAUUGGAAGAGGAAGAAGUUGACGUUCCGGUUUCCAAAGAAUCAGCUGCAGAAAACACCAAGAUGGAUACUGAUGAAUCCCCUGCUGAUGGUGCUGCUCCUCCAACCUCCAAUGACACUGAUGUUAACAUGCAAGAUGCGAAGGCUAAUACUGAUACCACUGGGCCUGAAAAUGGUAGCCCUGAGACUGGAGAAAAGCCUGUUCAAAUUGACACCGAUACUAAGGCUCCGAAGAAAAAGGUUAAGAAAGCAAAUAUUCCUGUAGCAGAGGUGGUUUAUGGAGCUAUGGAACAAGUGGAUCUCCAGAAAGCUGUAGAGAAGGAGUUUGAAAUGGCUUUGCAAGAUCGCGUGAUGGAAGAAACAAAAGACAAGAAAAAUGCCGUUGAGGCUUAUGUUUAUGAAAUGCGGAACAAGCUUAAUGACAAAUAUCAAGAUUUUGUCACUGCUCCAGAGAGGGAAGAUUUUACUGCUAGACUUCAGCAGGUGGAAGACUGGCUAUAUGAGGAUGGUGAAGACGAAACUAAAGGCGUAUAUAUUGCGAAACUUGAAGAACUUAAAAAGCAAGGUGAUCCUAUUGAAGCUCGUUAUAAAGAACACACGGAGAGGGGCACAGUAAUUGAUCAGCUCAACUAUUGUAUAAAUAGUUACAGAGAAGCUGCAAUGUCAAGUGAUCCCAAAUUUGAUCACAUUGACAUCAAUGAGAAGCAGAAGGUCCUAAAUGAGUGUGUUGAGGCUGAAAACUGGCUUAGGGAGAAAACGCAACAGCUGACAGGUUCUGCAAGCCAAUUAUGACAAAGCCAAAACCAGCCAAGCCAGCUACUCCCCCAGCACAAGCAACAACCCCACCACAGGGUGGUGAGCAGCAGCAACCUCAGGGUGGUGCAAGUGCCAACACUAAUGAGAAUUCACGGAACGAUGGUAGUGACAUCCCACAAGAAUCGAUGGAGACCGAGAAUAAACCAUAGAACACAGGGUCUUCAUAAUUAUUGCUUGUUUAUUGCGAUCAAGUUCAUUGAGUCAAAGACCAAUUAUUCUAUUAAUACCUUCUAUAUAAGCAUGCUGAUGGGACUUGGGAAGAGAAAGGUGGGUUUUGUGCCUUGUGAUUGAGUGGCUGCGCUGGGAGGUUUGGGUUUUGCACUCUCGCUUGGUUGGUUGGUUGAUUGGUCAGGUUUUUAAGUACUUAAUAUUAUGGUGAUCUUUGAAAUCCGGAUUUUUUUAUCAAAGGGUUUUGAAGAGGAUAAUGUGCGGUCUGGAUUCCCAAGCCCAAGGGGAAUAGGCCAAUUUUAUGUACGAUGUUGAUUUCUAGAGGUUGAAUUAUAAUGUUUGUUUCCCAUUUUAUAAUUAAUUUUCAUUUUUAGUGACAAUGUAACCUUUUUAUAUCACCACGAUUUUCCUUUUAUUUUAGUCUUACAAAUAAAGAAUGAAUUGUUAGAAGUUAGUGC